UGUAAUUUGUAAACCAUAAUAAUAAUUAAAAAAAACGGAAGCUAGGAGAGAGAAAAGAUGCAGAUCUUCGUGAAAACCCUAACUGGGAAGACAAUCACCCUAGAGGUCGAAAGCAGCGACACGAUCGACAAUGUCAAGGCCAAGAUCCAAGACAAAGAAGGGAUUCCACCCGACCAGCAACGUUUGAUCUUCGCCGGAAAGCAGUUGGAAGACGGCCGUACUCUGGCGGAUUACAACAUCCAGAAAGAAUCGACUCUUCAUCUUGUGUUGAGGCUAAGAGGUGGCAAACCUGUGUCGAUAGAGCCUUCUUUGAUUCAGUUGGCUAAGAAAUACAAUACCUACAAGAAGAUUUGCCGCGGUUGCUAUGCUCGUCUGCCGACUAGGGCUACACAUUGCAGAAAGAAGAAGUGUGGGCACAGCAAUGAUUUGAGGCCUAAGAAGCCAUCUCAGUAUGUUUAAGUUUAAGCAAUAUUGCAAUGAUUGAGGAUAGAUUAAGAUUAAGAGCUUCUAAGUAUAGUAUUGGUUGAGAGAGGAUCGAUAUUCUUGAUAUCACUAACUUAUUUUAGGUGUUCUAGUUCUUAAUACCGGAAUUUUGGUUUGGUUGAUUUAAUAAUGUUUAGUUGAUUUGUUUGGAUAUUAAGGUUUGAGUGGUCGUAUAAUGUUUGUUUACAAGUGGUUUACUUUGUUA